AUAAAGAGAUUGAAGGAUUCAAGUUGGAUUUGACGUAGAAAUCAACCAUAAACCUGAAUAAUAUCGCCAUUGUUGUUCAAAGAGAUGAAGAGUGAGUCGAUUUGGGGUUUGGGUCUUGAUAUUCAAGCAAGAAUUUAAGAAGUAUACACAAGGAGAACUCGAGACCCGCAAUGAUUUUCUCUGAAGCUUAAAACCAGUAUUUGAUUUCAAAACUCGAAUCAUGACAACGAUACUAUCACUUACUUCAUCUUUCAAGUUCGUCGUUAAGGAAAAUACCCCACGAAGAGGAGCCAAAAGAUCAGAAUUUAUCAAUCAGUACGAACCUAAUAAGCAGAAAACUUUCAAUUCUGGUAGAACCUUUAGAUUCCAAUCAGAGCUUUCUAUUGGAAAAACAAAUUUAUCUCGUCAGAUGGAAGAUUUUGUUUCGUAUGUGGAAAGUGGGUCUGUUGAAAAGGCACUCCAGCUGUUCGAUGAAAUGAACGAAAGAAGUAGCUUUUUGUGGAAUCUUAUAAUCAGGGUGUUAACGAAUAGUGGAUUUUUCGAAGAAGCUCUCGAUUUGUAUUUUCGGAUGUCUAUUGAAGGGACUAAAGCCGAUAAUUUUACAUUUCCGUUUGUGAUAAAGGCGUGUGGCGGAUGCUUGGAUCAUGAUGUGGGGCGGAAAAUUCAUUCGAAGUUGUUUAAGGAUGGGUUGGAUUUAGAUUUGCAUAUAUCUAAUUCUCUUAUUUUAAUGUAUGCAAAGCUCGGGUGUAUUGGGUCUGCAGAGAAGGUGUUCGAUGAAAUGCCUAUAAGAGAUUUGGUUUCUUGGAAUUCAAUGAUCAAUGGGUAUAUUAUGAUUAGUGAUGGAUUGGCCUCAUUCAUGUGUGUUCGGAAAAUGCAACAAUACAAUAUGCGACCUGACAGAUUCACAAUCAUGAGCACUCUUCAUGCCUCUUCUCUCGUGUGUUCUUUGCCCAAAGGGAAAGAAAUUCAUGCACUAACGAUAAAAAGCAAAUUGGAGUGCAAUCCAAUGGUCCAGACUUCACUAAUCGACAUGUACGGAAAAUGUGGUGGAAUGUGUUAUGCUGAGAGGUUUUUUAAUAUGAUUUCUCAAAGACACAUUGCGUCUUGGAAUGCAAUGAUUCGUGGGUAUGCUCUUAAUGGUCGGCCCCUUGAGUCUUUUUCUUGCUUGAGAAAGAUGCAAGAAAAUGGUUGCAAACCUGACAAUGUGUCACUAAUAAACUUGCUUCUAUCCUGUUCGCAGGUAGGAUCCGUGUUAAUGGGAAAAACCGUCCAUGGUUAUGCAAUCAGAAUGGAGUUUCUCUCCCACAUUGUACUAGAAACUGCUCUAAUCGAUAUGUAUGGAAAGUGUGGAGAACCCAGAUUGGCAGAACUAGCUUUUAACCGAAUGCAUCAAAGAAAUUUGAUAUCACGUAAUACUCUGAUUGCUUCCCUUGUACAAAAUGGUCUAUAUAAAGACGCACUGAAGUUCUUUUGGGAUAUCUGGAAUGACGGGCUAAAACCAGAUGCUAUGACGAUUACUGGCAUAUUGCCUGUGUAUUCCGAGAUUGCCCAGCUGCGAGAGGGGAAGCAACUCCAUGGGUACAUCGUUAAAUCGGGCUUUUGUUCCAAUACAUUUGUCCUCAAUUCGCUAACUUAUAUGUAUGCGAAAUGUGGGGAUCUUGUUUCGGCUCGAGAUAUGUUUGAUGGGAUUUUCUUGAAGGAUGUUAUUUCAUGGAAUACAAUCAUUAUGGCGUAUGCCAUUCAUGGAUAUGGUGAAGUUUCGGUUAAAUUGUUCUCUAAGAUGAAGAAAAUGGGUAUAAAACCUAAUGCAAGCACCUUCGUUUCGCUUUUAUCAUCUUGUAGUGUUUCAGGCAUGGUGGAAGAAGGGUGGAAGUACUUCAACUCAAUGAAAAGCGAAUACGGGAUUGAUCCGGAUAUAGAGCAUUAUGGUUGUAUGCUUGAUCUUCUUGGACGCGUCGGUGAUCUCAAUAGAGCGAAACAACUAAUUACUGAAAUGCCCCUAGAACCAACUUCACGGAUAUGGGGAUCUUUGCUUGCUGCAAGUCGAAGACAUAGGGAUCUUGAAGUUGCUGAAUUUGCUGCUAAGAAGAUGCUACCAUUGGAACAUGAUAACACAGGGUUGUAUGUCCUGCUGUCAAACUUGUAUGCUGAAACCGGGAGAUGGGAAGACGUUAAGCGGAUUAAAUCUCUUAUGAAAAGUCGAGGCUUGACGAAAACCGUUGGGGUGACCAUGGUAGAUGUCAAAGGUAAAACCUUCAGGUUUACAAACGAAGAUAGAUCCCAUGAACAUAGUCAUCUGAUCUAUGAUGUUUUAGAUAUCAUAUUAAAGAACCCUCGUGGCGAUUUGUCGAAAUUCAAACCGAUUGACCUUUUGAGAAAAAUGUCAAAGUCAACAGAUCGGCAUAGUGUGAGACUUGCGGUAUGCUUCGGGUUGAUCUCUACGUCAAUUGGGAAGCCGGUUUUUGUUCGAAAAAACACGAGAAUCUGUGAUGAUUGUCACGGUGUUAUGAAGAAGAUUUCAUUGAUUUGUUGCAGAGAAAUAGUGGUUGGAGAUUCGAAGAUUUAUCACCAUUUCAAAAUGGGUGAAUGCUCAUGUCGUGAUUACUGGUAACUUAUAUGUUCGAAUAUAUACUUAUAAUUCUACAAUAUCUCCAAACGUCGUGGUGCAAGGCUUGUCUUCGACGUCACGUUAAGCCUAUGGCACGCCAUGGCCUGAUGUGCACCAUCUGUAAGCCAUUAUUUGAUCUGUUAUACAAAUUUCACAUUUUUA